AUGUCUGUUUUCAUCCUUCUGUUCGCAAACCCCGUGGUGGAAGACGUGCACAUAUCACACUGGUACGCUAGCAAAAACACGCCACUCCGAGAUGAGGACAUGAGAAAAGAGAUCAAUACUACUCCGUCUCAGAUGUUAGCAGAAUCGGCGGUCUCGGUGAGGUUAGCAAUCCGACGCACUGCAAGGGGAAAAAAGUCACCAACAGGCGCCUCCCUCCAAUUCAAGACAGAUCCAUACGCCGAUGAGCAGGACGCGGUCAAUGAAGCAAUAUUGGAGGCAUUAAAGUCUCCCGUCCAUGGGCCUGCGCUGGAAGCACGUUUGGUAUAUCUUCACCAACGAGGCAUGGGUGCUCUCCGUGGCGCAAUGGGUCUGGAAGCACCCGCAAAUGCGAUCAGCAAUGGUUUAACGGAGGAAGAUUCGCAAAUAGUACACGAGGCACGACAAUACGCAUGGGCCACCGGCCUGCUGUUCCCCCAAGUCAGUCGAGAUUUGGUGAUGGCGGGGUCACAAGGGCGUCUGAUGCCAGACUACUCCAAAUCUGUUUACGUUCCUGCUUCCAUCGAGGAGCUGAUCUUUCCGCGGGCUGAUAUCGCCCCACCUUCGACUGUGCACCCACAAAUGCCAGCAGCAGUCACGGUGCACUUGUCUGAGGCUGUUGUCCCAUCUUCUAGCACAGACUUUAGUAUGCCAGUGCCGUCCGAGUCGGCGUAUGUUGAACUACCGUAUAAUUUUGGUGAUGACUUCUUUGAUUUUCCCCAGACAUACCCAUUAAAUGUCGAACCUGAUCAGUACCUAAGCUCAGGAGGGUUCAUGGGCGGACUCGGAGGGUACUACCAUGACAUGCCAUGA